AUGACCCACCAAACCCACGCAUACCAUAUAGUAAACCCAAGUCCCUGACCCCUUACAGGAGCCCUCUCAGCCCUACUAAUAAGCUCGGGCCUAACCAUAUGAUUCCACUUUAACUCCCUUAUCCUACUGACGACAGGACUAGUUACCAACAUCCUAACAAUAUAUCAGUGAUGACGAGAUGUAAUCCGAGAGAGCACCUUUCAAGGUCACCACACACCAGUCGUACAAAAAGGACUUCGCUACGGAAUAGUCCUAUUUAUUAUCUCCGAAGUCCUAUUUUUCACAGGCUUCUUCUGAGCCUUUUACCACUCAAGCCUCGCUCCUACUCCUGAACUAGGCGGAUGUUGACCACCCACAGGCAUCAACCCUUUAAACCCACUAGAGGUGCCACUUCUAAACACCUCCGUUCUACUAGCCUCUGGUGUCUCCAUUACCUGAGCCCACCACAGUUUAAUAGAAGGCAAUCGAAAACAAAUACUCCAAGCCCUCUUCAUCACAAUCGCCCUAGGUGUGUACUUCACACUACUGCAAGCUUCAGAAUACCAUGAAGCCUCCUUUACAAUCUCAGAUGGGGUUUACGGCUCAACUUUCUUUGUAGCCACAGGCUUUCAUGGAUUACAUGUAAUUAUUGGCUCCACUUUCCUAAUUGUAUGCUUCCUACGCCAACUAAAAUUCCACUUCACGUCAGAUCACCAUUUUGGCUUCGAGGCCGCCGCCUGAUACUGACACUUCGUAGAUGUAGUCUGACUAUUCCUCUACGUGUCCAUUUAUUGAUGAGGUUCAU